AUGGCCCUGAGAGGUCAACGCGUCCCUUCUGCCGUGGCCAUUUUUGUGGAUCGUGUAUCGUCUGUGCAAGCGGCGCUGACUUGCCGCGCCCUGAGUUCCGCCCUGAGCCCCGCCUUGGCCCUGCGGACAUUGAUGCCUGGCAGCGUAUCUGGGACCAGCAGGCAGGGGCCGCAGAGGGCCGCCGCACAGGCCGAGAGGCGUCGCAAGGGCAAGCGUGCCAGAGAGGACCAUUCAUGUGAAAUGUGCGGCGUGAAAGGGCCGGAGCGUAAUGAGUUCACUGAUAAGAGCCCCCAUGCCUCACAUGAGUACAUCGUCUUCUCGAAGGGAAGCGAUGAUUUCCCGAAGGGGGACUGUCUGAAGUGCGACGCAACUUGGGUUCUGGGCGGCUUUCAGACUGAGUUCAAAACCAAGGAGAAGUUCUUCGAGGAGAGGGCCAAGGAUCAGACCAUCCAGGACGCUUUUAUCCAGUGCGGGAAAUGUUGGUUGGCAGCGCAUAACGCUGGCAAGCGUUGCAAGCCACAGAGCGACAGCCAUCGCAAGAAGUACGGCGAGAACACGAUCGACAAGAUGCAGGGCCUCCGCACGACUCGCAAACGCAUUUUGAAGAAGAGUGGCCGAACUACGAAAAUCAAGAACCCGCUGAAGAUCAUGACUCCCGAGCGCUACAAGGAGGCGAAGGGGCACCUUCCUGAAAAAGACGGUCUGGUUUGUAAGUGGCUCCGUGCUCCAGGCGCCCCCGGCGGCAAGGUCUGGGGAGUUUCUUUCAGAUCGCUACCCGACGGGGAGUGGGAUGCCGAGGACGAGAUGUACGAGGGAGUUGAGGACGAGGAGGAGCUGGACAAUGGCGAAGAUGUCUUGCGGGCCGACCAGCAAUCCGUUAUUUUUGAGGCAGCCUCGGAGGCCAUCGGGUCAUUGUCCAAAGACGCAGUCUUCAUCGCCUUGGACGCUGCCCCGGGCCAUGGCAAUGGCUCGGUGGCCGUCGAAGUUGGUGGCCCGAGCGACGAGGAGGCGAGUUCUGACUCGGGCAGCACGUCGUCAAGCGCUGGCGAUUUGGUGCUGCCGAAGACCACCCCUGAGAAGGGCGAGCCCGAGAAGUCGCCGCAGCCGGGACCGUCGCCGCCUAUCGAGCAUCAUGACCUCACGAACGACACGGACAGCGAGCUGCAGAGCUGCGGUUUCAAGGGCGUCGAGAAAGUUGCCAGCGACAUCCGAUCUGGGAUCCUAGGUCAGAAGGUGUUCCUUGAGCCGCAGAUCGACGCCACUCAGCAGAGAGCCUUCGAGACUAAGGCCAACGAGCUGCACAGUGCUCUUGCCAAAGUGCUCACCGAUACGAACAAGGCCCAGACCGCCAUCGCGCGCAGGAAGGGUAGCCAGAAUGCCACCAAGGAAGUCAACGAUCUGAAGCUCGAUCUCACCAACGUGAUGAAGAUUUUCAGCAGCAUGAAGGGUGGCAAGAACGAGUGGUCCAGCGUCUGCGAGGCCUGGAAGAAGCUCGGGACCAGCUGGAGGCAAUGCAUCGACAGCUGCACCGGCAUCGUCGCUUGGGGCGCGAGAAGGGACGUCAUGGAGACCCUGAAAUACGGCAGGAUGAACCACUUGAAGCCGAUCUUCCAUGGCGGUCACGAGCUCUUCGAUCUCCGAGUUGCGUCGGCCGUGCCCCAGGCUGAGGAGCCCGACUACUCGGACUUCUUCCAGCACGUCGUCGAGCUGGCUCUCGCGAAGCUGGUGCCGUCGCUGGGGCGAAACGUCAGGCAGCCAGCUCAGCUCGUUGAGCCUCUCCGGGAGCCGUGCGACAUUCUGGUCGGAGAGGAGUCCCCGUUGCCGCAGGCGGCGCACGACGACCUGAGGGCGUUGAAGGCCGCGCUCUCGGACCACGAGGCCGCCACGGAGCCUGAUCCCGUGCAGGAGUCCAUGGACGCUUUGGACACGCUUCGCCAUGAGAACGUCAAUGAGAACAGCAUCCUGUACCCCAUCGCGGGCGUCGCCUCUUUCAAGGGGCUCGUCGCCAUGCUGGCAGAAGUCAACAAGGACAAGCUGAAGAUGCUGACCAGGAGCCAGGUCGUCAAGAUUGCGAAGGCCGCCCUGGUCCAGCUCGACGUCUUCGAGUCAGACUCCGGGGCCUUGAACUCGUUCAAGGCUGCCAUGGCGAGGGCGACUUCGCAUGCGAAUACAGUCAAGGUGACGCACCGCGACCGCGGCGCCUACAGCGAGUUGCUCGGCUGCCUGAUUGACAAAGUGGAUUCAGCAAUCAAGGUCUGCGACAGCAAGGUCGCGGACGGCGACGCGUCUGGGGUUGAGAAGCUCGAGAAGUUCGUCGUCGCCCUGGGGUUCAAGGAACAUCAUUUUGGACCAGAGGCAAGCGUCUUCAAAUCUUGGGAGAGCUACGUCCGGGCCACAAAGCAUCGGAGGCAGUUGGCAGGCUCAGUCCAAGCCAUCAAGGAUGAGAAUAAGUUCGCGGCAGACAGGCUGAGCGCGGUCGUCAUGGUGAAAUCCUUGCUCUCCAGUGCCACCGUGCCAAUGUCCGAGGAGGCCGACAAGAAGAUCCAGGAUUGCAUCCAGGCUGCUGGCGUCGAAGAGUCCGCGAAGCAGGAGGGCGCCAUGGUGCUCAAGAAGUUCUUCGCGUCGGCCUUUGCCGGCGACGUGGUGGUCGCGCCCCCAGAUGGAGCUGAAUUGGAGACCUUGCGAUGGCUACCAUGGUUUGAAACUCCAGCUUUCUUGCAGGCGUGCGUGAAGUUGACGACGCCGCUGGCGUUCUUCAUGUCGCAGGCCGAGAACAUCCAGAACUUCGUGGGUAUUGCUCCGUCUGCCAAGCCAGAUGACUUCGCCGUGACGGCCUACCGCCACGCGAAAUUCGUGGCGGAUAUCGCCCGCGAGGACCUCCACCACAGGAUCGAUGUCAUUCUGAAGGGGUACGUUACCAACGACGACCAAGUCAGGGCCUCCGUCGACCUCGUCAUCCGCUAUGGCGGCACCAUUCGCGGCAAGGCCAAUGAGAUGAUCGACUGCCGCGUUAAGAGGUACGCAGCCAGCGUGGAGAAGUUGCAGAAGACUUCAUUCGACCCGCCCGGCCGCGCCGACGGCAAGGACAAGCUGGGGUCCGACGAGGACUUCAAGCAGAGCUUCAACCCCGAGGCCGCCAAGAAGUGCAUGAACGAGGUGAAUGCCGACAAGACGUCGCUUUGCCACGUGUUGACCGCGUUCGGCGAGAAGGAGGCCAAUAUCGAGGUUCUCGAGGAGGGCGACAUCGCCGUCAAGAACAUCAAGCGCCAGAUCAAUCGGGCAGCGGUCAUCAUCCUCGUGAACAUGAGCCAGAUAUCCCAUCCAUCUCGCGGCGCUGCAGCUCGCAAGAACUUGAAGGCCAUCAACGAUGCCAUUACUAAGCUUGGAGGUGACUGCCUGACUGAGGAGACAGCUAAGCGAGUCGAGGAGAUCCUUGGCAACGACGAGUCUGCAGAGGACGGCGGUGCAGGGAACGAGGUGCCGACCGAUGGCCUGGGCGCACCCGAGGGCGAGAAGGGCACCGAGAACGGGGCGAAGGAUGAGAAGCGUAAGCCAGCCAAGGCUAAGAAGGAGCCCAAGGAGAAGAAGGAGCCCAAGGAGGGGAAACCAAAGAAGGAGAAAAAAGACAAGAAAGAGAAGAAAGAUAAGAAAGAGAAGACGGGCUAG